UUGAUGGAGUACGGUCCGUGUUUUUCAACUGCUCUGUCCUUUUUCUUCUCUUUCCAUAAUAGCAAUUUUCAACCCCGUGUGGGUGGAGUGUGAGUUUAAGGAUUUUUCACGUAGACUAGGUCGUUAUCUUGGUGUGUAUUUAUGAAGGAUAAUUACGCAUUUUUUGUAGUUUUGUCACAUUAGAUGACUGAUAAAUGUAAUUCUUUGAUAAGUGGAUACCCCGUCUCGGUGCAAUGUACUUGGAUUACUCUCAGCAGUGUUAUUGCAUCCAGCGGAAGUAGUUUCGUAAUCGAUCGAGAAAAAAAAAUAAAUUGCGGCGGAAUCGAUUUGUGCAAGUGCUUGAGCAAAUUUUUCUUUACGAACAUAUAAUUUCACCUUUACGCACCAGUUUCUUAAAUGUAGCGAUAUUUCCCGUGGUGCUUGUUGUGGAAAAAUCGAAUGAAAAUAAGAUUAUAAUCUACAGAUAGUGUGGAUACAUGGAAAAAUGGGCUCGACAUGCUAGUGCUCUGACGUAAGUCUCAUAGAGGCGCAAAAGCGAGAUAAUAGCUUUUUCGCCUUUUUUUGUUAUGAAUUCCGGAUCAUGGAAGGAAAUGGAUACUGUGUGGGCGGAAGGAGUUGAUUCUGAAACUAUUUUUCCUUAGGCGAGAAGGGUCACGGAUAAGUGUAGCAAAUGGAAGUCGUCAAGAGGGUCAGUGUGUUGUCACAUACGAGUGUUUUAUGUCUGUUGAGUUGUAUUUGUGAAGUGCACAAUAAAGUGUGCGAUUCCAUUGUUAUUUUUAUAACAAUGUAACCACGCAAUAAUUGAAUUGGAUACGAAGAACAAUGCAGCAACAUAUACGAACAUAGAAAAUGUAUGCGCUCGCAUUCACUCACAUGUAACACUGGUUGGAUGAAAAGGAGUCCUCGGACCAUUACGAAUUACGAAUUAUCACGAUAUCGGUGUAUCAUUCCCAUAAAGUUUGAGUUGUGCUGUUAGAUUGCAAAAGGAUUGAUACCAAUCGAGAACAUCAUAACAUUGUCUCGUCGUUAUGGAACAACAUCCGCUAUUGCUGGGGAAUGAAAGCAUUCACGACAGUGGAAUCAUCGAGGAUGUCCAUCAGGAAUCGGAAGACACCGGAAAUGAAGAAUAUGGCGAUGAGAGCAAUUUGGAGUCCAAUUUGCGACGCAGAAAGGGAAAAAUUAUUUCGUGUGUGGAAAAUGCAUCCAGACUGAUUAGGCGGCGAGUGCCCUGUGCCGGACAUCUGAUGACACCUCGGCGGCUGUGGCUUAACAAAAUUCCGACUCAGUGCGAUGUGGUCAUCGAAUUUCCAGAGGAUGCUCCGGACGAUGCGCUUCGAUGGCUACUAAAUAAGAUUAAAUCAACCCCACCAGAAGGCUUAGGUUUAUCGACACUGGUGAGAGCACACGACAGUACAAAACGAACUGCUUUCUAUAUCACAGCUCCGAUGAAUGUGUUGUUCAAAGCAGCAGAAGAAGCACGUCUACCUAAAAGGCUUCGCACGGAUCUUGGCGGGGCUUUGAAGGAAUUCACCAAACGAGAGAGUCACUGUUUUUCCCAAACCAAGGAUAGUGAUGGUACGAAUACUUUAUUCACGUCACAAGAGCGACAAUGGCUUGUGUUGCAGGUGCUGCAAGGACUGAGGGCAGGAGUGACAGAUCUGAAAGCUCUGCAGGGAAGAGCACAGGUCGAAGAAGGCCAGAGUAUAGUGGUUGCCUGGCAGGAAUUGGGUCUGAUAACACAAGUGUUUCCUUUACACGAAACAAACGCCUUACAGCAGUUACAGUCAAGUUGGGUACGGAAGUUUUUUGCACCACAGCCCUUAGAUGACAUCGCAGCGUACUUUGGAGUCAAAGUUGCUUUAUACUUUGCAUGGCUGGGACAUUACACGUGCGCUCUCUGCGUUCCAGCCGUUCUCGGGACGAUUCUUUACGCUGGCCUGUGGGGCCAGGGACAGACUGCUCAGGACAUUGGGCAUGUUGUUUUUUCCCUGUUCAACGUUGCGUGGGCGUCGCUGUAUUUGGAGGCCUGGAGGCGAUAUUCGGUCGAAUUGGCCUUUCGUUGGGGUACACUUUCGACCCCCCCGGAGCUGCUGGAACCGCCAAGACCGUUAUAUAAGGGUCCGCUGGAAGAAAGUCCUGUCACGGGGCGACUAGAGCCACGAGAAACUCCUGCAUGGCAACGACGAGCGUUCCGGUACCUAGUUAGUUUUCCAAUUAUUGGACUUUGUUUAGUGCUAGUAUUUGUAGUGAUGUUUCUGAUGUUGCAACUUCAGGAUUGGCUCGAUCAGCACUUACCAAAUUCCAACGAUGGCCCCUGGGAUUGCAUGUGCAUGGCGUCGAAGGACUGGUGGGAUGAGAAACUGCCCGAACAGGGUAUCUUCAGUUGUCUGAGUGUGAUACCAAAGGUCCUCCUGGCCGGCGCCAUCACACUGAUGGAUGAGGCGUACUAUAAGCUGGCUGUCUGGCUAAACGACAAAGAAAAUUAUCGGCUUCAGUCGAAGUACGAGAAUCAUCUAAUCGGAAAAGUGGCAUUAUUUCAGUUUGUUAACAGCUUUUUGUCGCUGUUUUAUAUUGCGUUUUAUCUGCGAGAUCAAGAUAAGCUGAAGGAGCAAUUAGCAGGUUUGCUCAUAUCUCGGCAAAUUAUCGGUAAUCUGAGAGAAUCUGCUUGGCCUUACCUAGUGGAACAGUGGAAGCUAGCCAAGCUGAGCUUCAAAAUGUGGGGUGCUUUAAGUCCCACUCAGGAGAAUCCUCCGUCAGCGGUAAAUAAAGAAGUAGAUGACAAGAAGAGUUCAUCAGAAUGUACCUCAUCAACGCCGAAAAGAUCGAUCGGUCAAGCGGAAAUUGAAAGCUCCUUGUACAAAUACGAUGGUACGUUUUCUGAUCAUCUGGAGAUGCUGGUUCAAAUGGGAUAUGUUGUCCUAUUUUCGGCAGCAUUUCCCCUGGCCGGAUUGUGUGCCUUGGGUAAUAAUCUGUUGGAGAUACGAUCAGAUGCUUUCAAGCUAGCACAUGUACAUCAGCGGCCAUUUGGACAACGAGUAGCGAACAUUGGUACGUGGCAAAAUGCUCUGGGAAUGCUAGGAUUGGCCGCUGUAAUCGUAAACUGUGCCCUGAUCGGCUUGUCUGGCCAGGUCUCACGACUCUGGCCUGGUCUUACGUCGACACAGACCGUGAUACUGAUAGUUGCACUCGAGCAUGUGAUGUUAGCUUUAAGGUCAGCUUUGACUUGGUUAUUACCGGAGCUUCCUUCUUGGCUUGCGGCUGAAAUAGCCCGUGCUGAACACUGUCGUCGCGAGAUGCAGUGCAAAGGUCCUUCACCUCGCCAGACACCACCAUCGCCACCAUCAUCAACCUCAUUGUCCCACCAUGAUCAGGACUUCAACAGCAAUCAGGACAUAUACGAUAAAACAGAGCAAUUAGUUGGCAGAUUUCACAUCUCCUCUAGUCACGACAAUCAGGAGAAUGAUUUGGAGCGGCUAACGAUGAGUGACGUGAUAUCAAAGUUGGACAACCUAAGCGGUCAACUUCAUCAGCAGCAGCAUCACCAACAACAUCAUCAUCAGCAAUCACACCUACAAACUCAUCAUCCGCACCAUAACAUUAUGCAGCAGCAGAAAGAAUCUCGAAGCAGCAACGAAAAUAUCGAAAUGUUUCCCACCGAUACCCGAGAGGCCACUCCGGAUUCGCCGAUUUCACAGACCAGCACUGUAUUCUUACGACCUCUCCAAGACUCUCCUCUUAGCGGUCAAUCGGCACAAACUGUUGCAUUAGACUCUACACAGCCAAUCUCAGGUGCAUGUCGAACGAAGUCAAGUGUUAAGCUCGCUGAAAUUCCGCCCUUCCGUGGAGAGUCGAUGAAGCACAGUUAUAGUAUUUACGAUAAGCGAAGCAUCAAUCUUGGUGAAACGAUGAGUCCUCGUGUUUCGUCACAGCCUAUACAGAUUCCAGAAAUCCCGCCAUUCCGCAAGCAAGCACACUCGACUAUGCACUCACCGAUCAAUCAGAGCCCGCAAAACAUUUCUUCAGCCAACCCGUCACCGCCUAGAAUAGCAGAAAUACCACCCUUCCGGCCGCGCAUCAAGUCCAAGGAGUGGAUGCCCAACAUCGAGCACACCGAACAUCAUCUCACAAUUGGACCCAGCGGCGGUGCCGAGUGGGCCAAACGUUUGAAAGCGGCAGAUCCUUCUAUUAUGCACAGAAGCACCGAUUGCAUUGUAGCGAAGCAACAGGAACUCGCCGUGGGAUCUGAAACUGAACUUCUAAAGGCAGCACCUUCCUGGAGUCACAUGGCCCACAAGGCUCCAGAGCAAGCCGGAACUAGCACAAGUUCACUACCGGUUAAGGUGCAAACUGAAGAAGAAGCUAAAGCCGCUGCAGAGUUAGCAGCGAAAAAAUCUCGCAUUAAGCAAAGUCUGGUUAAACGAGCUCGAUCAGUAGCAAUAUUCUCAUUGAAAUUAAAGGAACAACGAGCGAAACGUGCUGAAAAGGCGGCCCAGGAAGCUAGAGAUGCAAUUCCGGCUGCUCCUCCCGGUGGCGAACUGUCACUGAUACCAAUCGAGCAGUUGAUACAAGUGGACGAUGUCCUAAGCCAACGGCAUCACAGUAUGCAGCACUCCAACAUGAGCAGUCAUAAUAACAAUAACCAUAGCUAAGGAAAUACGUAAGACGAUGAGCGUUGUGUCGUAAAAAAAAUCAGGAACCUGUUUCACGGAGUGUCCAUUUUUGUACAGUUUCAACAAAUAACACUGCAUUACAUUUGAAUAGUAAUAUUUCAUAAAAAUAAUCUUGUUUGUAAAAAUGCAAUUCCAUGCCAAGUAACGAAGAAAAUGCCUUUCUAUUGUGACAAUUUUUAUUUUCUGUGAAACUUUGUAAAUAUGUGAUUGGAACACGGAGAACUGUAUUUGGACAACGAUAGCAUGUUUUUCCGUUUGCCUCUUUUUUCAUCUGCUGUAAAUUUUAUGUUUAAGUUUCUCCGUGUUAGAUGCCAAAUGUGCACUUUAUUCAAGACUUGGAUUGUAACAAAGAAAAAACCCAAACUUGCAAACGAUGCAGUUAUGUUCUUUAUCAAUACACUAAAUUAAAAAUUGAUCCUAAUUUUUAAUUUAAAAUUCAAAAUAACAUAUCUUUAAUAAGAGAUUUUUUCACUAACACUAACACUAAAACUUAGUGACAGGACUAAGCCAGUGCCGGAUUGACGCUUUGCUCAGGAACAUAAAUUGUGUUUCCGUUUUUUUAGCUUACGUCUAUCCGGCGCUAGCUUAGUCCUGCCACUAAAUUAGUGUCUGAUUCUGAUAAGAGGAAGUUGAAACGCAAAUUCCAUAACAAAUUUAGAGAUUUUUUGUUAGGUUAACUGUCAUUAUAUCCUGAACUUUGGCGAAGCGUACAUAUAACUUUUUUUAUAAAGUUUCAAAUUUGAGAAUUUUUUUUAUAUUGUAGUAUUUGAUUAAGAAAAUGUUUGCUACUAGUUCUUUUAAUAGAUUCGCCUAAAUACACGAAUCUCGAGCUACCCUCUUUUAUAACAAAAAUUUCUUUUUGGCGACAUUUGUUUUGCAAAACUAAGUCUUGAAAAAAGUGAACAUAUUUUAAUAAAUAUAUGACAGCCUGGGGAGCAUCAAACUAAUGCACUCAAUUUUGUACGGUUUUGGAGUUUGCAUGGAGUUGCUCAAAAGAAAAUAUUGCUAGUGAUGGAUGAAUGAAAAUGUACAUAAUGAACAAAACAAUGCUGAAGCGAACCCUUGGGUCAUACUAUUGCUAUUGUGAUUAGGUGUUUAGGCGUUUGAGCAUUAGGCCUAGUUUAGAUAAGAAGGUAAACGUCAUCAGGAAGGAUUAGUUUUGCGAGAACCUCAUGAAAUACGGCGGAUAGAAAGAAGUAAAAUUAUUAGAAAAGUACUGACGAUAGGUGUAGCUGAUUAAUCAAAGCUUUCGCCCUGAUUGCAGCCAAAAUAAUGAAUGGCAAUCGUGAUUCAUUAUCAAGGUCAUUAUACAAGCAAUUGCCUCCUUCUUCUUUGAUUAUCUUCAAUCGUAGUACUACUAUGUUGAAUGGAGACUCUGGUACCGACGUAAUGGCACAGGUAUUCGGCCACAGAAUUCAAUAUCCCCCAAAUAACCCUCAACAUACUUCAAAGGUCACAAAUACCAUUAUUGAUUUCCCUGACGAAUUCUUAUGAAAACAUGAACCAUGAAGAACACCGAACGUAUCUUAUUUCAUUGAAAAAUCCUCCGAACACCAUAAUAUGUCACAGUUGAAUAACAAAGUAACGUCAUCUAUACACACAUACAUAUUGUAUGGUAUUGUGCAGCAUGAUUAUAUAUAUUUAUAUAAUUAUAAUCAUAGGGGAUUCAUGGACUCGUUUUUGACAUAAUUUCCUUGUGUUAUUCAAACGUGCCUGGCAGCAGCUCAAUAUUUAAUUAAGCUAAAAAUUCGUGGUCUAUAGCUAGUAAUGUUAAAAGAUAUACAUAAUUUCUUAAAGUAUAGAAAUGCUUUUCAGGAAAAUAUUAUUAAUUCGUUAAUAAAUAAAGACGAAGGUGGUUAUAUUUUGGAAUUUAAGUAGUUCGUCUAGUUUGCUACUUACUACAAAUAACUAUACUAUAUAUACUUUCAUCUUCAUUUAACACUGACAAUCAAGUCGAUCACUGUCAAGUAAAGUGUCUCUUCAUUUUCCUUUUGCUUAAUACUUUUUCAUUUAUUGAAACUGAUAGUUCAAAACAUUCACACAGCAACGUGUGAUGCAUCAUCUAUAUUUACAAUACAUGCGUAUAUUGUUUUCAGGAAUAUAUUUGCUAAUAAAUUUUAAGCAGAUCGAAUCAAUAAAGCGCAGUGUACGUUAGGAUUGUGUUGAGCUGUAAAGUAAGCAUGAGCUGUAUGCCAGAAAUCCGCUACUGCGGGGUAAGUGAGGGUAAGAGGAAAUCGAUUCCGUCAUGUCAAUUAAGUUAGGCAACAGUCUUAGAACAGUAAUAUAAUAGCGGGAUUUGGAACCGUUUUUGCAUAUCCAGCCGAAACUCAGUAAAUCGUUCUCACCGGACCUACACAUCUCAAUAUUUCUAAAGGGAUACACCACACAAAACUUCGAUACUGAAAAUAUUAAACUACCUAAUAUAAUACAUAACUAACAUUCAUUUAUCCAAUCUGUGUAGUUUUCAUCCGCAUAGACAUGCUUUUCUCCAAUCAUUGUACAAUUAUCUGAAUAGAAUUCUACCUUUUAUCCUAGCAAACUAACACAAACUAAAAGAACAUCAAAUCUAUCAACAAGUCGAAACUCUAAAUUGACACAUUAUAGAUGCUAUUAUUAAUGUUGGAAAGUUAAGUGUAGUCUCUCUUUCUCAGUUAGGUUUAUUUAAAGGUAGUAUUUUUAUACAACAAUUUAAUUAAUGCGAUAUUUUUUAUUUAAUCUUAACCAAUCCAAUCCAAUACAAUCAAAUUCAAGUCCAACUAUAUUUUAAUUGUAUUUAUGAAGUUUCUACUAAUUUAUGACAUAACUCACUGUUUGUUAAAUAAUAACAUUUGAUUAGUUGAAGCAAUUGUUGGAAACAUAGUGUACAUUAUUAAAUUAAGAAAUAAAAUGUUGAUGUUACUUGAAAA